AUGCUUUCAAUGUCCUUCUCGGCCAUAGUGGCCUUGUUGAUAUCUAUUGGUGUUUCGACCACUGUGGUUCCGACCUACAGCUUCCCAGACAAUUGCAAUGCUACUUGCCAAGCGAGCAUCGCGCAAGCCCUCACACAGGAAAAGGCUGCUUGGGUGAGUCCUAAUGUAUCAACCGACCCCUUCUACGCGAAUCCAGCAAACAUCUCUUAUUACGCUGCUGGCGACAUCGUCAGAUGGGAAGACGUACCCAGCCAGCAGUACACAACAGUUGGCUAUGAUACUCCUCCGGCAACGACACUGUCCAAAUUCCUCUACAUGAGUGAGGACAUCGAUGGUAACCCCAUACCGGCCAGUGCUUUCCUAUUGCUCCCAUUUACAAAUCAAGACGGUAGCGGAAAGCCACUCCGCACAGUCGUCUGGACACAUGGAACGGCGGGCAUUACGCGACAAUGUGCACCCUCGAAUAACAAGCAGCUGUACUACGAAUGGGAAGGCCCGUUUGCGUUGGUCCAGCAAGGGUACGCCGUCAUUGCACCCGACUACGCCGGUCAGGGUAGCGAUAUAUCCAUGGGCUUCAUGUAUGAAUCCGGUGCAUUACACGCGCUAGAUGUGAGCUUUGCCCUCCAGGCCGUGAGAUCGAAGCUCCAGGAUCGGAUUACUCAUGAAUGGGUCGUGGUCGGCCACAGCGAGGGCGGCAUGACUGCAUGGCGUGUGAAUGAACGCGAAAAGCGAAACGCAACGGGCGGUUUCCUGGGCGCCGUUUCAGGGGCCCCGGCGCUCCGCCCCCUCUCUCUUAUCCCACAGUCGUGGCGCCUCGCCGGGGAUGGCCCUGUUCAUGAUGUUGUUUCCAUCUUUGUUCUCCAGUCCAUCUCACGAUUAUUCCCUUCUGUCAAGAUCGAGAACUAUGUCAGCGAUAUCGUCGCAAGUCGCAUCCCAAUCGCUCAGCAGGGAUGCCUGGUAACUGGCUCAACAGUCUAUGGGAACCUCACAUUGCCAGAGCUGUACAAGAAUACCAGUUGGAUCCACCAUCCGGAUGUCAUUGAGUGGCAAAAGAGCUACAAUGGUGCCGGCACUCACGAAUUGGCAGCUCCCAUGCUGGUUCUGCAGGGAACCGCUGAUGAGUUGGUGUAUGCAAACCUGACAGAAUGGGAUUACGAUCAGACAUGCAGCACCUUCCCUAGCAGUGUCAUGCAGCUGUAUAUUUAUCCCGACCUUAAUCAUGACUUCGCCUUUAUUGCUGGCCAGGCGCAGUACUUGCCUUGGAUACGUGACCGGUUUGACAAGAUCCCAUUGUCUGCCGCAUGCAACAAGACGACUGUGACACUAUCUGGGCCUGCUUGA